CUUACACGGUUGACUGACUGCAUCGUCAGGGUAAACGAGUUCCAAAACUUGAUAACGGCGAUCACCGACGACAUUCAAAGGGUUAACCGUUGGAGUAUAGCCUUGAGCAUGCUGGUCGUACUGCUACUGAUAACAGACGCGUUGCUUCUGCUACGACUCGCCGGGUGGCCUCAUUUUAAGUACUACGUGGCGAAAGAUGUGCAGUUUUAUUUUUUCAACGUAACGUUGAUCACGGUUAUAAAUUUGGGGUCCGCAGUGGUCGACCAGUUUAAAAACAUUAACGAGUCUUUGGCUCUCAUGGCGUCCAGAUGGUACGAUCGCGGGACAAUCACCUUAACAGUACGGAAGGAGCGAAUUGGAUACAAACCGGAUUCCUUUCCUGCCGAACUGCGACGUUUACAGCAGUACCAUAACCGUCUCUGCGACUUGAUCGACAAAUUCAACGAGGUGAUGGGCAGCGUGCUCCUGUUGGCGAUACUGUACAUCGUCACCAGCUUGCUAUGGGAUGUCAGCGCGGUUAUCGAAUUUUUCGUUAAAGGCUGCGUUAUCGAAGGGGUCCGUCUAGACGACUUAGUCCUGCUGGAUUUUUUAUUCUGGAUACUGAUAUCGAUCGGACAAACGAUGUUCAUGGCGCGUGUCGGCAACGCCGUGGUCGAUGAAAACAAACGCACCCUCAAUUAUUGCUAUGAGUUUAUGAACAAAUUGCCGUCGAUUCCGGAUACUCUGGUCCAAAGGAUUCGCGACAACCUGCGCGAAUUGGCCAACCAAGUUGAGGCGAGACGACCGGCCCUAACGGCCGCCGGUAUUGUGAAAAUUGACUUUCGAAUACUGGGGAUCGUCACAACCAACACCGUCACUUACGUCGUCGUCGUUUUACAGUUUUUGUUUAAGCAAUAGUCCCCUACGCCGCAAACAUGAAUAUAUUAUAUUCCAUGCCUUGUACCGUGCGUUCAAUUGUAACUUUUUUGUUUUUUCAUACUUCAUAUUUUUUUCAAUUGAACACCCUGUGUGCAAUACUGUAACACACUUUUUAUUUUAGGCCGCUCGUUUUUGACAGAUCGGCAGAAAUAGCAAACUUUAAUAUAAUUUCAAAGAGUGCCGUGACUGACUGCAACAACAAUAAUUAUUUUAAAUUAAAGUAGAAGAAAAACAAUAACAAUGACACACUAAAGUGUAAAUAAUAGUAAUAAUAAUAAUAUGUCUCUAUUUCUGUUUAUCCAUACUAUCCACAAAUAACCGUUUUCUUUUACAAAAUGAAUGUAUAUAUAUAUACAUACACAGAAAUGGGCGAAAUCCAGAUAUGGAUAACAUCAGUAUGUUAGCCACCUGGAUCUAUUUAACCCAACGGAUUGAGAAAUGAUAACUCUUUUUUUUAUGGCGACAGCGAUAGCACAAUAACAGAAAAAAAAACAUUUUUACUUCUUCUCACACUUAUUGACGUAUCCUAUUUUGCACACGUUUGUUAAAGAUAGACUGUGCUUUUUUUUUAAACUUUAUUUUUCGAAAAAAUAUCUGGAAGCAUAAAAUUUAAAUCUAUUCGGAGUCAGGGCUUUGAAGUUAUUAGGAAGACUAUUAUACAAUUUAGCUAUAUUAGAGGAAAAACCACGCUCAAAUAGUAUUGUUUUAUGUAGACGAGGAGUUAUGGCGCCUCUAAAUCUAUUAUUAAAAUUAUGAACAUGAGAUCUGCACAGAUAUUGAGGACUUUGAUAAAAACAGGCUCCAUUCUUCUGCUCUCCAUGUUCAACCAUUUAGUCUCUACUAGUUUAUGUGAUAUUCUCUCUAGGCGUCUAAUACCGUAUAUUAGUCGCAAACAUAAAUUCUGCACUUUGUAUAUCCUUUGUUUUUGCAAUGCUGUUAAACAGUUUCCAUAUAAAAUAUCACCGUGAUUGAACACAGAAAGCACAAGAGACUCGCACAAUGUAAUUUUUAUUUUUCUUGAGAGAUAGUGACGACUAUCAUAGAGCAGUUUAAGCUUUGCAUAUGCUCUCCGGAAGCAGUCAGAGACAUGACUCUCAAAUCUCAAGUCAGAAUCGAAGAAGACUCCCACAUUUUUUACGGUAUUUUUUAUAGGUAUGGUAGUGUCCCCAAUGUUGAUUGUAAGCAUAAUACAAUAUUUCUUAGGAUUUAAGAAUAGCGAGUGUUUCAGUGAAAAACAUUGUAAUUUAUUUAGAUCUCGGCACAUGACUUGACAGCCCAGACGAACGCUUGUGCUUGGCAGUUUUCAAGGGUCGUAGCCAGAUUUGACGCAUAUAUUGCGUACAACCACGGGCUCAGUAUUGAACCCUGCGGAACGAUACUGACAACAGUCACCUCGGUGGAAAUUUUAUUUUCAAUGCAGACUCUCAGUAAUACCGCUUGCUCGCUAAGACCAACAUAAUAAAGAAUUGCAAACAGAAUUUUUCCGUCAUCUGCGGUUCUUAAAAUGUCAUCGCUUACAUUGGCUAGCGCAGCAGAACAUCCAUGGUUUUUCCUAAAACCCGACUGGGUUUCCGUCAAGAUUUUAUAUUGUUCCACAUAAACAGAAAGCUGUUGAUUAAUUACUUUUUUAGAAAUUUUUUACAUACAUGGUAGUACACUAACUGGCCUCAAAUCUUCUAAGUCAAGCGGGUUUUUAACCUUUGCCAGUGGGUGGCAAGUCUCUGAGUAUACUGAUUUUGUAAUGCAAAAGUUAACAAACUGUAUCCUCCUUUGACAUUGUCCUGCACUUAGUUUUUGGGUUUUAUGAAAUUUAAAUGCAUUCUAUUAUACAUUAUACAUAUAUUUAUACAUUUUACAUUAUACAUAUAUUCUUUCAGGACUGAGUUGAUUGAUCCCCGAGAAAUACCUAUCUCUUCAUAUACUCUAGUAAUGGAGGAAAUUGGAUGAGCUCCAUAGAAUCCUAAUCCUUAUCUUCUUCAUUUAAAACAUUACGAUUCUGGCAUACCUUCUUAGUAUUUAAUACCGUUUCCUGCAAACUUCUUUGCCAGUCUUGGAAACAUCUGUUUUUUGAAGGAGCUCGGCGCUCUGGGUAAAGUCUAAUAUUUACUGAGGACGAGCUUUUAUUAUUCAGAAAGUAUACUUGAUGCAUACCACUCCUUUUAAAAAAUACUAAAUUGCCUAAAAACCAUUUUAACAAUAAUGACUCUCAACGAUAAUUCUGUAUACUAAUAGUCAAACAAAAACAUUUUUAUUUGUCAGUCAGGGCUCUCAGGGUGUUCAAUUUAAAAAUAUAUGAUGUAGGCUUAUAUGUCAGAAAAUUGCUGGUUUGUUUUAUACGGCACUAACCCUAUAUUUUGUUUUUUGUUUACCUUAUUUGAAAAUCACUAAGUUUAUUCAUUUUCCUCAA